GCGACCCGUAGGACGCCGGGUUUUUUGCGACAGUGUGGUAGAUUUGGUCUCUCCCUCAGAAAGAAGGAGGAAAAGGAGGCGGAAGGGAGGCGAGGAUGUUCGGGGCCACCGAGGAGGAUGACACGGACUUCCUGUCUCCAACCGGAGGGACCCGCCUGGCUUCUCUCUUUGGGCUGGAUCAGACAGUCACCGGUGGCGGAAAUGAAUUUUUCCAGUACACAGCACCCAAACAACCUAAGAGAGGUCAACCAGCUGCUGCUGCAGGUCCGCCAUCCCAGAAGCCUCCUGCUCCAGUGUCCAGUUCAACACCACCAUCCGUCUUCAUAGCGACAGCUGUUCAUGCCUAUCGGUUUACAAAUGGACAAUAUGUGAAGCAAGGCAAAUAUGGAGUGGCGGUGGUGGGGAGCCAUGCCACCAAAGAGUACAGACUCCUCCUCUAUAUCAACCAGCAGCAACAAAUUGCAGCCGCCAGGAUCCAUUCGGCAUUUGCAUUCACGGUCCAGCCCAACAACUACAGCACAUUCUAUGACGAUCAGAGGCAGAACUGGUCGAUCAUGUUUGAGUCCGAAAAGGCGGCUGCUGAUUUCAGCAAACAGCUGGGCAUUGCCAAAUACAACAGCAGCCAUUCUCCCGACUCGGUGGUGUGUCAGGAUCUUAUCCCUGGAGAAGGACAAGCCGUGGAAGUAGGCGACUCUCUGGAGGUGGCCUUUACUGGUUGGCUCUUCCAGAAUGGCAGCCUUGGACAGGUGUUCGAUUCAAAUGUUAACAAGGACAAGUUUCUGCGCUUGAAAUUGGGGUCGGGCAAAGUCAUUAAGGCCUGGGAAGAAGGGAUGAUUGGCUUGAAGAAAGGAGGACGGCGCUUUCUGGUUGUCCCUCCGGCGUUGGCUUACGGCGCUCAGGGAGUCGCCAAUCGCAUCCCUCCAGACUCAACCCUGGCUUUUGAGGUGGAGGUCAAACGGGUAAGGCUUGGGAAGGAUACGGGUUCUGACGGACAGAGCCUGGGACCCAGGGAUUCCCUUGCGUCUUCCCCGGCACCAAGCCCAGAAAACCCAGCAACUGAUGUAACAGGGGGGCCUCCCUCCUCACUUCCUCCAAAGCCAGGGGACCCCCCUCUGAGAGCCAAAUCCAACUCAAUCAAUGAACAAUUAGCGAAUCCUGAUGUGGCAAAGGCGAAGCUGAUUUCGCGCAUGGCGAAGAUGGGGCAACCCAUGCUGCCUUUCCUCCCAGGCACAGCUCCUGCUGCGCUUGACUCAAGCGACUCAGAAGUAGAGGACCCAAACACUUCCCGUGGAACAGCCCAGCCUGCAGCCUCCUCCCCACUAAAGCCAUCCCCUCCAGCAGCCCUUCCUCAGAUGACAGCUCAAGUGCCUCAGCCAUCUGUCUCUGCAAUCCAGGCCCCCUCCGCUGCUGUGAUGCCGCCGGCCCUUCAGCCUCAUCCAACACUUUCUGGGACAGUUCAGAGCUUUCAGCCCUAUGCAGGGAUGACGUAUGCCGCUUAUCCACAAACCUCUGCUGCGGUUUCUCAACUCCAGCCGGUUGGGGCGAUGUACCCGGCACCUUUCCAAGCAGCUGGAGACAUCGGCUCGUUCCUGAUGACGGAGUCCCGGCAGCAGAACACCGAAAUCCGCCUCGCCGUGGGGAAGGUGGCUGACAAAAUGGACCAGCUGGCAGCCAAGGUGGAGGAGCUUCAGAAGCACAACAUGGGCCACAACCUGUUGCCGGGCAUUUCAUCGGUGACCAUGGAAACCGCCAUGAUCAUGAGCAACAUCCAGCGCAUCAUCCAGGAGAAUGAGCGGCUCAAGCAGGAGGUCUUUGAGAAGAGCAGUCGCAUCGAGGAGCAGAAUGAGAAGAUUGGCACAUUGAUUGCCCGCAAUCAGAGGUACGUGGAGCAGAGCAAUCUGUUGAUGGAGCAGCGCAACAACUCGCUGCAACUGAACACCGAAGAAAGGCAGGCACGGGUUUUGCACGCCGAGCAGGAGAAGCCCACGCUGCCACUGGAGCAACGAUGGGAUCAGGUCAAAGUUGCCGAGGAACUGGCUGCCGCUACGGCACAGAUUUCCCGUCUCCAGCUGGAACUGACCGACCACCAGAAGAAGGAGAUGGACCUGUGCUCCCAGCUGAACGCAGCCUUGAAAGAGUCGGAGAAGCACGGGUCGCAGAUCAACCAGCUACAGGCACAGUUGGCUGAGCUCCAGGAAUUGUCGGAAGACACUAAGAGCAAAUUCCAAGUGGAGAAGCAGAGCCGCAAGCAGCUGAAUGGAAAGGUAUCGGCUUUGGAGGAAGAGCUAACUGACCUCCGUGCGGAGAAAGAGAACCUAGAGAAGAAUCUGUCUGAGAGGAAAAAGAAAUCCUUAGCGGAAAGGCAGCAGGCCGAAGAAGAGAUGGAUGAGAUCCGCAAAUCAUGCCAGGAGGAGUUGGACAAACUCCGGCAGCUUCUGAAAAAGGGUCGGACGUCAACUGACCAGGCGGCUUCGGAGCAGAUGGCCUCGAUGCAGACGGAGCUGGAGUCGCAGUGGGAAGCCAAAUGCGAGCGCCUGCUCAGCGCUGCCAAAGAGCAACAUGCGCGGCAGUAUCGGGAAGUGUGCGAACAGCGCGACGCUCAGCAGCAGAUGGUCUCCCAGUUGGAAGAGAAGAUCUCCCAGCUCAAAGCAACCCGGAGUUUGGAGGACGAGAAACUGUUGACUUUGCAAGAGCAAGUGGAACAACUAGAGUCUGUAAAAGCCAAGUAUUUGGCCCUCCAGUCCCAAAUAGCAUCUCUGAAAGAGCGCUAUGAAGAGCGAAUCCAGGCACUUGAGAAGGGGGCUGGCCGCCAAUCACCUGCCGGCUCCGUUGAAGAGGUGAAGAAGAUCAUGAACGGGGUGUUCCAAUCCCUGCGGUGCGAAUUCGAGUUGGAGGAGUCCUAUACCGGCAGAGAGGUCCUUGGCAUCGUCAUGAACACCAUCAAGACCAUAACUUUGCAGCUCUUAGAGAGACAAGAGGAGAAGGAUGAGUCUAGUGGUGAAGAAGAAGGGCCGGAUCCCGUAACGUCAAGCCCAGCCGUGCUCCAGGACGACACUCCUCAUGACUCAACAGCAGGAGAAUCUUCCAUGCCUACAAGUGAUAGUCCUUUGCCAGACGACAGCCAAGCCAGAGUGACAUCUUCAGCCUUGGAAACACAUGAUGAGCAGCCUCCAUUGCCUUUGGAUCCAACCAUAACAUCUUCUCUGAGCCUGGACGUCACUGAGGGAAAGGAAGAGGAGAAGGCAAGGAACUCAGUGGACACUGAGGAUAAAACUAACACAGUAGACACUGCCAUUGCUUUUCCAGAGCUUCCAAAGGUAGAAGCUGAGGAGAAACCACCUACGAUAGUCCAGGACGGAGAAGAAGAGAGUUGUCCAGAUAUUCUAAGCCAGAAGCCCCUUACCUUUGCUCCUCCUCCAUCCAGCAAACCAGACUCAGCCAGAGAGGAGCAAACGUCAGUAUCCGGUCCAACCCAAGUGGAUUCCAGCCCCCUCCUCGAGGACAAGGAUAGUUUAUUUGAAGCUGCAGCGCCUAAGUCACCUGCACCAGGAGGGCCACCGGAAGAGGAGGAAGAGGAAGAAUUGAGCUUCAAGGGCCAGCCUCCCCCCACCCCGCUCUUUGGGGAUGAUGACGACGACGACAGCUUGGACUGGUUGGGUUGACUGGGCUCUUCACACGAAGACACUUCGGAGAGGCAAAGCAGUCCUUGAUUGGCCACCAAAAUGGUUGGGACUCUUCUUCCUGUGGACCUCCCUGGGUUGUCCGUUUGGGACCGGAGACUUGUCACUUGCACUCUUUGGGGCAAGGGUUUCAUGUGGAAGCCUCCCCUCCAUCUCUCUGCCAUGCCCCCCCCCCAACCCCAAUUACUAACCCUGGACUACUUAUGCAAAGACAUCUCACACCUCUUUACAGAAAAAGAUGGGGAAGGAUUGCAAUUCCCCCCUCCUGUGUGACAGAGGAAAUGAAAGCCCUGCGGUGCUAGAUUUCUCUCGUCGGUCUCUCGCUUUCACCCCAUAUACCCCAUUGACACUUUUUUCCUCAGCCUCCGAACCCUCUGUCUUAAUGAUUGCACAAUGGGAUCGGAGAAUAGUUUCAAAAGCAUCCUCCUUGCACAGUGAGAGCACAUAUGGGGAGCUGGCCCCCUUGAAAGGUUCUUUCUCGGCUUUUGCGAAGGAACAAAAUUGAUGCUCUUGGCAGAGAUCCCUUUCUGUGGAAUGAACUUCCUGGGGAAUCCAAAGGCCAAGAGAGGAGCGUUCCUCUGCCCGGUUGCCUUGGAUCACCUUCCGUUGAAAGCAGACCUUCGCAACGCUAACCUCACCUCCCGUCGGAUGGGAUAUCUGAGAUCUGAUUUUGUGUCUUGAACAGUAAAAGUGCAAUUAAAGUCCUAUUUCAAUA